AUGGUUUCUGGCAGAAAAAUUAAGCUGGUUUUUUUUGAGCUUCUUGAGUUUGCUGCCUUCUCCAUUCCUACCCUUGUGAUAAUGGAACAGUUUGCUGCUGCGUAUCAGAAAACAAGGAACGAAGCUGAAAGAACGCACUAUUGGCUCAUUGUUUCUUGUUCCAUUGCCUAUGUGGCUGCAGUGAGUCUCUUGAUCUGGGUUCCGAUAAAAGUUAUCUUAUUCAAGAAGCGGCAUCUUUACAAAAACAUUGUAGGAUGGAGACCUGUUCUGAUGAUGUGUGUGGUGCUCACCACUCUUCCCAGCUUCAGCUUUUCCAUAGCAGCCACCGAGAUUCAAAAGGAUGCCAACGGAACAGUUCCAGUUUUACCGACUGGUCCCUUCCUUGACCUGCCAGUGUCUCUGAUUCUAUUGUCCCUGAUCGUGGUUGAUAUUAUUGAGAGACUCAGGAUAUAUCCUCUAAGAGGGCGUCAAAUGAGUUAUGAAGACACAAACAUCUAUAUAACAUCUUUGCAGCAGAUAAAAACCGUGGCAGAACAGGUGGGACGCGGUAAUGAGAAUCCUGCACCUGCCCAGACAGCCAAGCCUACCAUGAUGUCCCUGCCUCACAACAACACGGGUGCACUGGCGGGGCCCAUAGAGCCCUACUUUGACUCUGGAUUCCGGAGGACGAUGUCUCACAGAGAUGUCCGGGCCGAGCUGUUUCUGAGAAGCUUCCUCACAUGGUCUGACACUAUAGAAAUGAUGCGUGUGGCUGGGCUCCCACCGGUGUACAAAUCGGGCUGGGUGUACCCGGUCUACAUAUUCAGUUUUAUAUCUCUCCUUCGAAUGGUCUUCACACCUAAGAACCCUCUUCUCGGCUUCCUGGGGGUCCUGCUGCAGGAUUUUCCCUUUAUUUUCCUUAGACUCAGCUUAAUCGUUACCCUGGGGACGAUCACGCCAGUACUGGGCCUUUGUAAAAACAUCCUAGUGACUAUCUCCUAUAUCUACUUCAAUCAUUUAACCAAGCUCAGGCCUUUCUCAGCCUUUGAAACCUCUCCGUUUUAA